AUGGCCGGACACUACCGGCUGGCGCAGCCAGGGAAGCAAGGAGAUGCUAACCCCAUCCAGCUGUCCCCGGCUUUGUUGAAGCAGCUGUCUCACCACCUCCCCAAAGAGUCAGGGGCAAAGGGGGCCCAAAAAGAGCUGGAGCUGCCCCAGGACACUGAUGGCUUAGAAGGCUCGCCCCCACCCCCACAGCCAACCCCCAUCAGAAUGUCCCCAGAGGCCACGGGCCUGUCCUUUCCGAGUAGGGCCAGGUGCCCACCGUGUCUCCCCACUCCGCGGGCCGGGCGGCGGCUCCGGAGGCCCAGAUGUGCGGAGCAGGAGGAGGCCAGGCCGGCCUUUCAUGUCGCGGCCGCUCCCAGCUGUCCCGGGCGGCCUGCUGCAGCUGCGAAACAGCUGCGAGCGGGGGUGGGGCCGGAAACGCCCCCGCGCCACCGGGGAGGGAAGAGGGCGGGGCGGGGACAGAGCUGGACCCCGCGGCUCCGAGGAAAAGGGCGCCCCGGGGCGGAGCGCCGCGCGGCUCCGCGGCCUCUCUUGCGGGCCUGGCCCGCCUGCUGGCCUUCCUGCGGGGCUCUCCGCAGCCACCCGGUCAGACCUGUAUUGUCGUCACUCCCCACCUCGGAUACCGCCACCUUCUUCCGGAGCAGAGCGGGGCACGGGGCCCAGCCCAGCCCCACCCCCGCUUUGUACCUGGUGUUCUCGCUGGGGGAAGAGGGGAAAGGAGAGAUCCGGACCCCGGGGCUUCUGCGAGAGGAUGAAGUGGGGGUGAUCUUAAGGGAGCCUGGGGGAGGGGGCCAUGACUCCUGGACGUCCGGACCAUUUAGGGUCAUUCUGCCUUCAACCUUCCUCCUCUCCAUGUCGGGACCUAGACCAGUGACAGUCAGUUUACAAUUCCAAGACUCCCUUCCACAUCGGAAGUCCUUUCUAAGAACAAGUAGAAAUCUGGAGGCAGGUGUGGUGGCGCACAUCGUAGUCUCAGCAUUCAGGAGGCUGAGGCGAGAGUCACUGUGAGUUCAAGGGCAGCGUGAUCCUGUCUGACAACCAAAUGACCAAUCAAACAAACAAGAAUAAAAGAAAAAAAGGGGGCUGGGGAUUUAGCUCAGCGGCAUAAGUGCCUGCCUUGCAAGCAGGCAGUCGUGAGUUCGAUCCCUGGUACCGAUAAAAAGGAAAAAGACAAAAAAAAAAAUAAUAAUAAUAAUAAAAAAAAGAAAAAAAGAAAGAUGUGGUGGCCGGAGCUCAGAUCCCUGCCAUGUUCUCCAUGCUAUGGGGAAAUUGCACACCUGCUUUCCUGCCCUUAAUAAUUCCUGGACCUGUGAUGGACUUCCACGGAACCCUGAGUUCUGAGCUGGAGACUUUUGAGUGCGUCCUCCACAGGAGACCAGUUUUCUCUUAUUGCUAUGUGGUUUUCUCCCAACUGCUGGAAACUGGGGUAUUUAUGGCUUUUGUUUGCACUAGAUCUCUAGUAAUUGGGUCUUCCUGCUUGCUCUGGGCCAUAGGUUGGUUUUUUGUUUUUUUGUUUUUUCUUUUUCGUUUUUAUCGGUACCAGGGAUCGAACUCACGACUGCCUGCUUUCAAGGCAGGCGCUUAUGCCACUGAGCUAAAUCCCCAGCCCCCCAUAGGUUAUUUUUCAUCAAUGUAAAUUGCAGAUGAAGGUGUGGAGGUGUGUUAGGGGCACCAUAUGCAGCUCAUAUGAAGGGGACAUUAGCGGUAACAUCGAAAAUAUCUCAACAUUGCAAGCUAGAAGUAGACUCUGAGAACUGAGUGGAAGGAUUAUGCAGACUUCUGGUCAACCUGGAAAAACAUGGCAGUCAUUUCACUUGUGGGUGUACUGGCUGCCUGACUGGGAACUGGAUGUUGUUACCAGCUACCAUCCGUGUGCGCCUGCUGCCUGAUAAAACAGAAGGGCACAGAAGCAGAAGGUACCUCAGGGCCUAACCGGAACUCACCAGCCACACCAAACUCUGCGAGUGAGUCCUCCAGCAGCUGAGGAGUCCCACACCCCAGGGCUCUGGACUUACUGCUUCUGUGUGGCUGCAAAGCCUCCUUCCUCUGCACAGCCUCCACUGCUCUCCAGACGCAACGAAGGAGCAGAGAGACGACCGCUUGACCUGCUACAGCCAGCACUUAGGCCCCAGAAGCCAGAGCAGGUUCCAGCUCCUGAGGCCAGCUGUAUGAACGCCUCACCUGCUGCCUUCCUGGUGUGUAACGCUGGUGGUUUACACUCCAAGCCCCACAGCUUCCAUUUCAGCGAGGCCCUAAGCUGCAAAUCCCUGGAGAACACAAAUUAUGAAGUAUUUUUGAUUUUUUAAACUCUAGCAUAGGGAACUGGGGAUAUAGCUCAGCAGCACAAGCACCAGCCUGACAAGUGCGAGGUUGUGAGUUCGAUCCCUGGUACCCAAACUAACUAACUAAAUAAAUAAAGUCUAACACAGCCAGGUGUGGUCAUGCACACUUGUGAUCCCAGCACUUGGAAGCUGAAGCAGGAAGAUCGCUGCAAGUUCGAGGCCAGCCUGGGUUAGAAAGCGAGUUCUGAACUGCACUGUGAGACCCUGUCUCAAAAAGACAAAAUAAAAUAAAAUAUAAAAUAAAAAUCUAGCACAGUGUUUCAUUCAUUCAUUCCUACAGAACUCACUGGGAGCUUCUGGUACACAGCCUUGCUCCAGUAUGAAAACAGUGGCACUGAACAGGACAGACUUUGCCACUGCAGAGCUCAAUUUCCUUCAUGGGUGAGGAAGGAGCAGAAGAUGCUCGGCAAGUGUGAGCUGGAGAGUUGGCUGUGAGUGCCACAAAGGAGAAGAAACUUUCUAGAAGGAGACAGUUGGGGAAGGUAACAUUCACCAGAAACCUCAAGAACGUCAUGGGGCAAGAUCUGGAGACAUUUGGAACAAAAAUGUUGCCUCAGCAGAGGACUCAUUUCAGGAAACUCAGGAGUGAGUGUGGCUGGAAGGAGUGGGAACACAGCAGUUGGUGACAAGGCCAGGGAGACAGUGAGGGGACAGAGUCAGCACAGGUUGAUUCUAGGAUGCAGUAUAUGCCUGCACUCCCACCACAGUCUGGGAGGCUGAGGCAAAAGGGUCCCAAUUUCCAGCCCUAGGUCAACCUAGUGACUUGGUACAAUUUUGUCUCAAAAUUAAAAAUAAGUAAGGGAUAAGGCUAGGGAUGUGCAAAGAUCCAAUCCUUAACGUUGAAAAAAACUAGGUUAAGGUUAGAUCAGAGGGCCUUGAACGCCAGGCCAAUUGGCUUGAGCAUGCUCUAGCAGCAAAGGUUCUGAAGGGCUCUGAGCCCAGGAGCUGCCUUUUAGCAUGAGGGCUCCACCAAGGAGUGGUCAAGGGGAGGAGAGAGGAGUCCCUGUGAGCAGGAACAAAGAGGUGGGGGCACAGGAACACCCACCCUCUGGAAGCCAGGGCCAGGCCUUCUCCUUCCCUGCAAGUCAGCAGAAAACCCCAGCUCGGCUCAGGAAGGCGGCACAGAGCCAGGGAUGCUGAAAAAGCUGGAGCAGCAGCAAGAUGCCAUUGUGUGUCUCCAAUCAAGAGGCUUCAGAGGAAAUCAAAAGCACCACCUGGGGAAAUGGUGUGGCCCUCUCUCUGAAACACCCGGACUUCUGCCUCCAAAAUGGGUCAAAUGAAGGCUGUGGGCAUGGUUGGGGGGUGGGUGUGCUGGGAGGGUGUCUGGGGCUCACAGCAGCCUGGCCUCAGGUCCACAGCUGUCCUGGCACAGGGGCUGGCAGCAGCUGCGGAUGGGAUGGGGGUGAUGGGAGCAUCAUCUGCACCACCCAUGGGUCUGGAUAAUGCCUGUGGUGCUGCUGCUUCCUGUUCUUCGGGGCCCAUGGGAUCAAGUCAGUGCAACGGGCAGGCAGGGUGCAGGGCCCAUUCCUGGAUAGGGGUGGGGGCUGCACCAGCAUCCUCCCUGUGCCACUCUGCUGCCUCUCCCCCGUGAGAUUUAGUCCAGUGGCACAAGCGCCAAGUGUACCAGCACCAAAAGAAAAGAAAAGAAAAAAGAAAAAAAUCUCCAGUGGAGUGAGUCAAGGUGAACCUAGGCUGAAUUUUGCUUCUCUACCCAGCAUAGGAGCAGGGUAACACAAAGAGGAGACCUGUGCUGGGCUGGGUCCCCUAGUCCUGGGAUAAUGUUGCCAACAAACCAAAGCUUCUGAGUCAUGUCUUUCCAGGGGCCAUCUGUGGUGUCCAAGCAGGACAACUGGCCCUGUCAUCUGGAAGCUCAGGGAAAACUCCACUCAUAUUCAGAAGCCCCACAGCAGGCAUACCAUGCACCUUAGACAGCUCAGAGGGGCUGGGGGUGUGCCAGUCCGAAAUGCUUCACCCUGACCUCCUGCAGCAGAGGAGGCCAGACAGGAGGCUGCUGAGCUCCAGCCCCCAAGAGUAGGUAUGCAUGUGGCUGGGGACUGGCUGCAGGGAAGUGCCGUAGACCCAGUUGGGCCGCUGCCAGUGUGGUUUGUGCCCAACGCAAGUGACUCCCUUCAUUUCAGGGAAGGGGGUGCUAAAGCAGCAGCAGAAGGGUCCCAUGGGCCCUGGCAGGGCAGGCGGUGAAGAGUCAGUUGCUCACCUGUGUCUGGAGCCCACUCUCCCGAUGAUCCUGCAGAACUUCUCAUUGGUCAGGACUUUGUCCUGGAGAAAAAGGACUUAGAGCAGGGAGCCAAAAGGACCCCAGUGAAACCACUCCCUAGCUGUGGACUUCCCGUAAAGUGCCUCAAACUCUGCAAGUCUCGGUGUCCUAUCUGGGAGCAGUCUGGGAGCAGGGGAUAGUAACUGUCCAGUAGGCACAGGAAUCUGCUCAGCUGUUGCUAAAGGGAUAGCGGUUUGCACUGCGCCUUCUCCUUGGGCCUCAGGUACCCCUGCAAGCACCUCCAUCCUGCCUUGGCCGGCUCCUUCAUUAAUACUUCAUUUCUUUAGCAAAGGCACUUUGUCCAUGCGUCAUCCCUGUGCAUGCUAAGAAACUCUCCCUGUCUUUCUGUGCAGAAUUCCUUCCAUUUUUUGAGAGCAGAGCCUUAGAAGAAGUAAAAGAAAGACGGUAUCUUGGACCCAGCCAACAGACACGGAUUUGAAUUCUACCUCUAUUUCCUAGGUGAUCCUGGCUGAGGGAUUCACACUCUGUGACAUUUUCCCUGGUCUCUGAUUGUGGCUGGCAACAUUGACGGUUACUAAUGUCUUUGCAAGGCCUCAGUAAGAUAAUAAGUGCAAAGUUCCUGGCAUGAGUGGGCACUGCACAGUUCUUCCUGAACUGAUACCACUGGGGUUGGCUGCUGGCUGUCCAAGUUCCAAGUCCCAUGUCCCUGCACGAGACCUGCUGCACGGCUGCAGCAUGCUUUCUGUUCCUGUCUGCUCCUGGUGGCUGCAGCACUGUGUUCUGCAGUGCUGGAAAGGGAAAUUACAGAACAGAUUGCAGUUGGGGUGGGGGGCAGGGUCCCUAACAUGCAGCCUACUGAGCUCUAUGCUGUGUUUCUGCCUGGAGCCAACCAGGAGUCUCCACUGGAACCUGCUCCACUCCCUAGGAUCACGGCUGCAGGGGCCUGGACACCCCCCCCCCAACCAGGGCUGCCAGCAGGUGGGGACUAGCUUGCCCCUUGUUUGUUGCUUUGAAAGUCACAGAACCACAGAGGAAGGGUUGGAGGCGGACCCUGGGUUUAGGAAUUCCUGCUAGUUACCAUGCCGGCUACCGGGUGAUUUCUACACUGUACACACACAAUCUUCUCUAAUCCUCUGGACAACAAGAUGAUUAUUACAGAUAAAGAAACUACGGGGCAGUGUGUUCUACUGUGGCUUAGGCAUUGCCCUGAGUCCUGGCAUUUAAUUUACAUUAUUUCUUUCUCCUGCCUCUUCUGCCCGUUUCGUAGAUGAGGAGGCACAGCAUGCUCAGGACUGGAGGACAGCACUUUGCCUGCAGUCACAGAGCGGACCUAUGGGUGGGAUGAGGCAGGGUUGAAUCUGGGUCUCUCUGGCUCCAGAGAAUAAAUGUUUUAACUGAA